CGUCCCAGAGUGCAUCGCGGUGGCUGGUGACGUCAUUUAUGUUGUGUUGGAACCAGGAAGUCAAAGAGAGCAGAGAGUAGAGGCGCGUCCGUCAUACUGACUGUGUGUGUCCCCGGGAGGACGAUGUCUCUGUUUGGAGAAUUUGGUGAAAUGGAGGAUUCCGAUCUUCUGGAUUUCCUGUUGGAGGAUAUGUGUAAUAAUGUCCCUGAGAAUUAUAACCAAGAGCUGCCUGUGUGGGGGUCUGGAGAGCGAGAGGUGCUGAGUGAUAGCACGGUGGAAGGCUUCCUCUGUGAGCUCCUGGGCAGCCCCCUAUGUGAUGAUCCUGACUCUCCUGUGGCCAGUGACAGCGGUAUAUCUGAGGGCCAGACAGCUGUCCCUUCUCCUGGGACCUGGGAGACCACCCCACCUGGUAGCCCCAACAUUGUACAGAGCGAGCACAAUUACUUCAUGCCGCAGGGGAACGAUGCAGAUGUCCUGCAAAGUGUCCGCUCUGAGACCUGUGAUGGAGAUGUUUUCAUAGACUUGGACGUUUGUGUGGAAGAGCCGGAGCUGGAGUUAGAGGACCCCAUCAGCCUUUGUAUGGAGGAUGAGGAGGAAGACGAUGAGUCCUCCUACCAGAGCCAUCAGCAGGUGAUACAGUUAACGGAGGAAGAGUCUCGACUGCUUGGAAAGGAAGGAGUCACUUUACCCCAACAUUUGCCCCUCACCAAGGCCGAGGAGCGAGUUCUGAAACGCGUGCGCAGGAAAAUCCGGAACAAGCGCUCGGCCCAGGAGAGUCGGAAGAAGAAGAAGGAAUAUGUGGAUGGGUUAGAGAACAGGGUCACCACCUGCACCGCACAGAACCAGGAGCUGCAGAAGAAGGUGCAGCAGCUGCAUCGGCAGAACCUGUCGCUGCUUCAGCAGCUGAGGAACCUACAGUCUCUUCUGAGUCAGACCGGAGCCAAGACCACAGCGUCCAGCACUUGUAUCAUGGUCUUGGCACUUUCGUUCUGCCUCAUUCUCUUCCCCAGCCUGUAUCCAUUCGGGAGAAAUGUUGGACAACACGAUCUGCAUGGAGUUGUGUCCCGCAAGCUUCGAGCAGCCACCCCAGAUCUCCCCCUCGGCGAUAGCGCAGGACAAGCUGAUCUGCAGGACAUACAUCUGGAGAAGUCUGAUAUGGGGCCAGGAGUGGAGGAUUCUCUGCUGGACAUGUCCCACCAAGAGCUGCAUCUGGAGCCGUCUCUGCAGGGAGCGCAGAAUGACACCCCUGAGAUCCAGGACAUUGGAACCGCUGAAUCUAAACCCUCAAUCACUAGUAACUCCUCCUCGGACCACCAGCGAGAGAACCAGGGGCCGCCGGAGCCUACCCCUGCUCACUUCUCUGACCCGCCGGAACAGCUACCCCUCCUGCAGGAUAAACAGGACUGGGUGGAGAGGACACGGAGCGUCAUAAUUACCCCACAUCACUCGGAUGAGAUGUAACGGCGCUGCGCACAUUGUAUAUAGAGACUGCUGAGCAUUACAGUACAAUGCCUUACCAGGCGAUUUCUCUGCCGAGCUGGUUGGGGGGCUGGCGGACCCUCAAUACUGACGGCGGAUAGCACUAAGCACCUACUGAAAUUUGUGCCCCCCUAGCCUAUAGAGAGAUGUAUAUAUUUAUGUGUAGUCUGUCACGUGUAUCCAAUAAACAGGCAUGUUUUAUCA